AAAGCGCUUCGUCGCCGUCGUCGUUCGUUUUCGUCAAAGUCCUUCCUGGCUCACGGGCGGAUGGGCCGUCGCCGUCGUCGGAAGUUUGUUUAUCGUGUUCAAGUAGGGUGGAAAAUUCAUAACCAAAGCAGGAAAAUCUAACCGUUCCGUGGUGCGCGCUUCGAUCCUUGUUAUUUUUUGGAGUGAUUGUUGGACAGAAAAAGGAAACUCGUUUAGUUUGAAAGCAACGAGUAAACAGUGUUUUUGUUUGUUUUCGAUCGAUGAGCUGUGAAGGCGCUACAUCCACAUCAGAGUGUUUUCAAAUCUGACAGUUCGUUCGACAUUUGAAAUUUUUUGCAGCUCGCUCCUCUGCUCUGCUGCCAGCGAGAAGCUUUUCGACUGUGCAAGUACCAGAAGAAUAUCUGUGAACCCGUCUCGCGAGUGAAAAAGUUCUCCAUGUUUGAUUCGAGGUCGAUUGUUAGGUGUGUUUAGGUGAAGAAAAUCGCAUUUUGAAGAUGUUUUCGGGGUGGAAACGGAAGCUGAAGAAUGUAGAAAAUGUGCAGUGACAAUUUGGAAUGGAUUAUGGUUGUUGUGGAUCAGAUUUGAAGGAGUAAUUUACUGCCUAAUAUAGCACUACUGAUUAGGGCUCAGCCCCGAAAAGUGACAGCCACCCACUGGAAGAAGAUUAGAAAGGAUAAUAUUUGGUGGUGUGCGAUAGAAGUAUUUUGGCACUGCUGAACUUCAACAUUGGACUAAGUAGGAAGAAAAAUUGAGAAACUUUUAUCGAGAUGGAUGUAGAUUCGCCAAACUCCCUGAAACGAUGUUCCAGCGCUCCGCAGAUCAACAAUCUGCUGCCAUCGGCCGCCGUUGGCGUGAACCAUCCCAUAGUGGUGCCAAUGGACGAAGGACAAUCACAACAGGACAGCGCCGUUGCGGGUUCAACACAGCAGCCAACGUCGUCCUCCCUGCGCCAGACCAAUCCCAUCAACAGCAAUGGCAACAACAGCAACAACAACAAUAACAGUACUUUGUUCCUACAGCACCAGCAUCAAUCUCCGAAUCAUCUUCUUCAAUCGAUGUCGUCUUCCAGUGCUUCCAAUUUGCACACAUCCGGUUCAAUCGUACACAGGGAUCCUCCGCCAACUUCCUUUUCUAAUAUAUUCGCACGUACGCGUCGAUUUUCGGCCAGUUUUAGCCCGUUGGCCGUCAUGUCCAACGGAGGCAGUUCUAGUCCCAGCCGGUCCGGCAGUUGCACCCCGGGUGGCCCCCGGUUAACACCGCGAAUAUCACAGCUGCGCCAGGAGGAGUGUGCCGAUUUGAGCAACAGCCGCGAGGUAAACCACGAACGGGAGGUCCACUCGGCCAUGCAGAUGUCCCAGAGCUACGAGGACCUCACGCUGGUUACGGAGAACUGGUCCUUUUCGUCCGGUGCCAAAAACAAUGACGACCUGGGAAAUCCCUUGCACGUGGCUCUGCCCUCGAUCGGGACGAGCUACUGUUCUAGUCCUUCACCCACCAGCCGCGGUGGACUUGGGUUGCAGUAUCCCACCACUUCGCCAUCACCGACGAGAAAGUUUGUAACCAGGCGGUCGAUGUCACCGUGUCCGAUUCGGCCUAGUCCGCUCAGCUCGUCGGUGAAGCGGAAGUUCGAUCUGGAUGAUAACUAUGGAAGCUGCUGCUCGCCGCCACCGCUGAAGAAAAUUUUUACAUCAGAGAGAGGUUCAUCGCCGAGUUGCCAGACCCCGUCGCCAUCUCCAAUCUGCGCCAGUCCAGACUCUUCCACGGCAUCGUUCGAAAAUGGUAGCAACAAUGCCUCGAGCAGUGGUCGAAUAACGCCCAAAUUUUUCGUUACUAAACUUGGUUCCGGACAGCUUAGCUUACCGAACAGUAGUGGAACACCUAACAAUACAGGUGGAACCCCUCAGGGCGGCAGUGUUGCAGGACUCAGCACUGCAAGUGGCGGUACGAUUCCGCUCCACACAGAUUCGCCACCUUCUUCCUCGUCCUCGUCUUCGCUGAUGAUGAUGGAUUGCGGAGUGAGUAGCAGUAGCGGUCAUAAUAACCAAGUCAAACGACUCCCGCUAGAUGCCACGGUUAGUAGCUCAGCUGGUGAGACGUCCAAAAUCGACUGCGACGAGGAUAUCACCGAUUUGAACGCCGUGGCCAGCAGUUCCAGUAUGGCAACUUCAAUCGAGUCUUCCGAAGCGAUGAUGGAGGAAGUGCUGAAGACAACCCGAGCGCUGGAGUCGGAGCGAACCGAGUCGUCGGAACUCUUGCUGGACAGCAGCAGUAGUGUGAGCAAUAGUCAUCGGCUCAGCACCGGAAGCAUCGGCAGUGCUGCCAGCAAUACUGAUAUCAACAGCGAAAGUAACAGUUCUCUCUGCCCAUUGGGCGGCUUUGGAUCGGGUGUUUCCGGGGCUACCAAUGGGACCGGAUCCUAUCUGGCAAGCAAUAUCGAAAUCGCUGAGACUUGAAGGGGUUUGACUGGGAAACGGUUCAACUGAUUUGGUGGGACAAACGUAAAGCAUCCCACGAGUAUCAUACACACACCCACACCAUUACACGCUUAGGAAAACAUUUAAGGACGCAGUGUUUUCCAACUUAUUUUCUCUUCUCUUUACCUUUUUGUAUAUGUAGGUAGUUUAGCUUUAGAGUUUUCGGAAUUACUUUUUUUCCGUUUCGAAUAUUGAAGGGACGAACCUGCUGCGUGUCUAAUAUACCAUUGUUUCGAGUUGUUAUACACUAAAUGUAGAUAGUUGGUAGACAAAAGUUUAGAAAGAUAUUCACAUUGAAAUACACAUUCACACACACAUACAUACAUACGCGCAUACCACACAGAGUACAAUAAGUACAUGGAAACCAAAUUAGAGAUCGUUACAGAACCAGUUUAGAGAGCACUUUCUCAUUACCUAGGUAUAUACUGCAAGCAAGUUGCCCCCUCGACGCUACAGUUGCAUUUUCCCAACAACCCCAACACAUAUCUCACAAGAAGAAAACAAUAUGUAGGUAUUUCUUGGAAAACAGCGGAAAUACCUUUGAGAACAAGCGCUAGUAAACCAACAAGAAGCAGUUCAUACGGUACCGGUGUACCUAUUAUUAUUUACCAUUUCACCUAGUGACAAAGUUUCAUCAAUAUACCAAAUGAACGACUGGUCGACAUAAUCGGGUAAAAAAGAAGUCGGCGUGUUCCGAUCUUGUCCACAGAAAAUCUAUUGCAACUUGUCUGGAGUUCUGAUACGCAAGUAGCAUUUAAUACAUACCUAUAUCUAGAGCAGUGAAGAGAACCGUCGCAGAAAAAGGAACACAAAACAAACGACAAAAAGACGUGGCGUUAAUUCUCUGUCCCAACUUGUGCAGAAAAUGACAUAAUUUUGAAAAUGUUUGUCUGUGACAAAACAGAAGGUAUAAACUUUGUAAUAAUUAAUACGUAUGUACAAAAUCCAAACUGUUUGAUGGCGGUUCUUCAACAUACAAUGAUGUACCUCGAAAAUCUUGGAGAGCUUGAACAUCUGAAUGCAUAGUGUUACGACCUUCGUCAUAUUCUGUUCAAGUUGGGACAAAUCUGUGUUGCAAUUCAGGAUUGUCGCUAAUAAUGCAGGGUGUCACAUUGUCAUUAUUGAUACCUACGCGAUGAUUGGAAAUAAAGGAUUUCAAACAAAUUGCAAUUCCUUUUUACGAUUCCUAUUUAUAUAUCCUGCAAUGAACAUCCUAACAGUUUAUAUUCUAUCUUCAACCGGUAUAUAGUUGAUAACAGAUCCUAUAUAAAUCUCUAUCGCCAUCAGUUGACCUACAAUUGAGAAUGAUUCUCAAAAACUGCACAAUAUACUAGGAAAGCAAUAAAAAUGUAUGCUAAUUGUAAAAAAUAGCCGGUCUCAUCCGGCCGUAGUUUGUGGAAAUGUGAUGAAAACAUUUUGCACUAUAUUUGGUUGAUUCGUUUUUUUUUUUCAUUUCGUUCUGUGAUGAUUGUUUCGUGUAUGUCUCCACCUUAUCGAUAUUGAUUGGUGCAAAAAUGUCGUCGGAAAGUUUACUUCAGUUAGCUUAUACACGGUAGGCGCAUGCGGAACCGAUCCCUUGCGGAGUUUGAGAAUAUCCAUAAAGGGAAAUUCUCUUCGUUUAAUCUAUUGUUCAGAAUUCAAUUGACCGAAUGUCGUCGUUCUUUCUUAUGAAUAACAAUAAUUAAUGAGAAAAAAAACUAAAUUUAACAAUGUGUAUGAAUUUAAUCCAACCGAGAGUUAGAGUUAGAUGAAUUAAACAAAGUGAUAAUAAAGUAAAAUAAGUGAA